CUCGUUCGAGUCGAAGGGAAUAACCCAGCAGUCAUGGGUCGCUCCGCCGUCAGGCUUUCCGAGGUUGUCUACACCGUCUCCCCCAUGAAGACCGGGGUGCUCGGCGGUCUUUUCAAGGACUGGCCCAAGGUGAUGGCCAAGAAGAUCGGUGGAUGGGGCGAUGCGUUCUUCUUCGGCGUCAUCCCCACGGUUGGCGUGUAUCAGUACGCGGUCAACUACAAGGAGAACGAGAAGCAGUCACACCGCUACUAACCGGGCACCGGUGAAGAGGGAUUAGCCCUCGGCUCCGGCACCUAGGCCUCCUUAGACGUAGCUUCCUUUCUCCAACAGAGAGUGUAUUUUUUCCGUA